CCGCUCCCACUUCGUCGCUCCUCCGGGCCGCGAACGGCGGCACAUAAUGUAACAAGGCGUGAAGACAAAAGCACCGACGCGCGCGCUGGAAUGAGCCGGAAUGUCCACCGACGACGUCGCUCUGUUUCAGGCUGAAAACGGGGACGGAAAACGGCUGCAGCAUCAUCUCUGUGUGCGGGUGGAGUGAAGUACAUAUAGAGCCCAUCUCAGCAGCAGCGGCAGCAGCAGCAGCAGCGUCUCCUCUCCCCACGAAGCCCGUGUUCUGGGGGGAACCCUCCAUCACGUACUCAGCCUGUCCACCCAUCGCCGGGCACAGGGGACUUGGACCGGAGCGUGAAAAGCCAAAGGGACCGAGACAGGCAGCUGCGAGAAAGGAGCAACCGCCCAGAGACAGGGGAGCGCGGCGGCGAGGAGGAGAGGAGAGCGGAGGAUGGAGGCCCUGCUGCGCGUGCUGAAGAGUCACCCAGGCCCGUCAGUGCUGGUGUGCUGUCUGCUCUUCAGAGUGGUCGACCAGCUGCUGAGGAGGCUGCCCGUGCCCAAGGUGGUGAAGCAGGACGACCUCCGCUCCUGGAAGUGGAGGAACCUCUCCGUCUCUAUGGUGCACUCGCUGCUGACGGGGACAUGGGCUCUGACCUGUGCAGUGGCCUGGCCAGAGACGCUGAGCAACAUCUACUCGUACCACACACCCCCAUCAUACGUGCUCCUCUGUGUCUCAACAGGAUACUUUGUUCACGAUGCCACUGAUAUCAUCAUAACAGGACAUGCAAGAGGAGCUUGGGAAUUCUUACUGCACCAUGCACUGGUGAUCUGGUGUUUCCUCUAUGCCCUCUACACUCACCUGUAUGUAGCCGGAGCAGUGAUCGCUCUCUUCGUAGAGAUCAACAGCGCCACCCUGCACCUGAGGCUGAUGCUCAAACUGGCAGGCGCCCAGUCCUCGUCCGUGUACCACGUCAACAAGCUUGUCAACCUCUUCACCUACGUCACGUUUCGUCUGAGCACACAGUUCUACCUCACCUGGUUCAUCAUCAGCAACUACUCCUGGUUGGACCGCGCUGCUUACUUUUUGGCCAGCAUAAUGGUGAUGAACAUCAUGAUUCUUAUUUAUUUCUACCGCCUCCUGCGUGCAGACUUUUUUCCCCGGACUAGGAGUCACAUGGGACAGAACGGAUUGCAUAAUAACAACUCUAAAAAGUUUCUCAACGACUGACUUGGGAGGUUUACAAGACUACUUAGGUAUUUAUUUAGGGAGGGAGUUUACAUGUUUUGUUCACCAUUCCUCAUCAUGACAGGUUCCCUUGUUGUGUCUUACUGCCAAAGAACAACACCCCCUCCGAACACUUGAGGUGAAGCAAGGUGCAGGUGCUGGUUUUUGAAAUAUAACAAUUCGAAUUUGCAGGAAAACUAAAGUCAAGUCCAGCACUGCAGUGAUUACUGUACAGUGUAGGAAGGGUGUCUAGAAUGUGGAAGAUUUAGCGACAUCUAGCGGCGAGGUUGCAGAAUUUUUAGUGUUCCUGAAGUGUGUCAACCUACUCAGUAUAUAGUAUAUUAAACAUAAACAAACAUGUCAUACUUACAGAGUGAAAAGUGUCACCACAGUCAAACCAAAAGUUGCAGCUAGCGGUUGGUGUGUCCAUUCUGUGCUAUGCAACAUGGCUUCCCAUGUAAAUAAAGGCUUCCUCUAUGCCAAUGUUAGGUGACUAAGCACUGCUCACAACACACACGUAUAUGCAUACAAUAUGCUAUUCCUACAAAUAAAUGCCUCUAAAUCUUGCACAUUGUGCCUUUAAACCCUCAAUUCUGUCAGUUAAAGAACUCCUAGCACAGCGGUAGCUAGCACCUUGUCCUCAACUGUCACAUUCCUUGUUUUCCAAGUAGCGCUGCCCUUCCAGCUUCUGAUUCACUGAACACGCCUGCUCCAGGUUAUUCAGGCUCUCUGGAACCUGGUUUAGUUGCCCUUGUUUCAGCAUAUUUAAAAAAAAUCUGUACCAUGUGAAGAUAAUGGUAUAAAUGUUUUAUGCCACUUUCAUGCCAAUCCAAAAACAGAACAACUGAGAAAAAAAGCUUUUCUUUGUCGAACAAUGAAAACAUCCAUGUUGCUUGUUUUAAUGGAAACCUAAGUUAGCCUGCUGGCGUCUGACACUGACAAAAUUCCCAACAGAUGAAUCAACAGAUUGAGACAAGGUUGUGCUCAUUUAACAUUAUACUUGGUGUUACCAAGCCGGCACACGGCACAACAGCAGUAUUUGAAGCCCUUGUUGAAUUGUUUUUUACGUGCUACUAUUUUUGGAUGGAUUAGAUAAAAAUGAUUUAAUAUCAUCAUACUACAAGUCAAGCAAUUGUUUACUGAACAACACUACUAAUGUGUACUAAUGGGGAGGAAUGUUUUUACAGUGUUACUGUAGAGCUGGAGUCAAAAUAUCUGUUCAUUAUAUAUUGAACUUCAAUAUUCUGUGACAUUAACAGCCAAGUGACAUGUGUAUGUUUGCCGUUGCAUAUUGAACUCAACCUGUACUAAUUACAAGUUACAGUGGCAGCUUUGCCACAUUUUUACUGUUGGUAAGAAGUCCAAGAAAUCCACUGGGAGUGUUUUGCCGUGGGAAACAUUUCUGCCCUGCCCAUUUUCCUCUCCCCAGUGCUUGGAUGAUCCACUAGCUGAUGUUUUCUUUGUGUUUCCUUGCCAACAGACUCACCUUUUGCUACUACAGUAUGUGUGUACAUAGGGUACUCUGUAUGAAGCUAUUUGUGGCUGAAGAGUUACCAGGCUUUGAUUUAAGUGGUCCAUAAUGUUGUUUAGCACCAAAUGAACUGAUAACGCACUGCAGGACAAUUUGUAGUCUCAAUGUAAAACGUGUUGGCGUUUAAUCCAACUGAAAAUGAAGCUGAAUCCUCCUGCCCAUUUAUCAGUGUCAUCAGUUUGCUCUUCAGGAAGUGAGCAUGAGGAGCCUCUUACAAUAAGCAGGAAGCCGCACAAUCAUGCUACAUCACAGGCGGUUACACUUGAUGUGGACGAGUCCUCACCGUGUGUAUGAUAGUACUUACAGCGCAGUGUAGAUUCUGUCUUUUUAAAAACAUUAGUUGACUUCACGUGAAGAUGUUUUGUCCUGUUUGUGAAUUCCUGUUUGAUAUAUUUCAAAGGAUAAUAAAAGUACACACAGUAGACCUUUAGUGGACUUAGGAAAACGUCAAAUUUGUCCGUGUCUGUACUGUUUUUUGUAAAUUGUAUUUGAGGCAAUGCCAAUAACUCCAAACCAAGGUGAGAUGUGCCUCACCCAUGCUACAGUGCCUUUACCACAGUGCCUUUGAAAAUACGUAGAAAUAAAGUUGAGGUAAGCAUGAUGUAUAAAGCGGAAAGAAUAGAUGUACUGCAGUGUGAUAGUUGUAUUUGGUUUUGUCGAACCUGAGUCCAGUGGAAAGGUUUUUGAAUCAAAUAUACAGUGAGUUCAUUUGACUGGCUACAAUAAUGUAUAAUGUGUCUUUUAUUGAAGUGAAUGUUUUUAGGGACCCUGUACUUUGAAUUAUUGAGUGAAACCACAAAUAAUAAAAAAAAUCAAAUUACA